GAUAAUGAAAGUAAGCACACACUUUAAAUCUCUUCCUGUUUAUGACAUUCUGAAUGAAGAGUGUUAUGUAUUUGUACUUCUUUUUGGUUCUUAUUUGUUUGAAGGACACAGGAGUAGAAUGCUUAACAAAUCUCCAGAUAAGUACUGUUGGUCAUGCUGUUCUUGGACCUAGUGAUUUGGAAUUACGAUGUUCAUACAAUCCAGAGAGCGGGGAUGAUAUAUAUUCUAUCGACAUAUCAGCUGAAUUGAACGGUCAAUACAGAACAAUAGUAGCAUUUUAUCCAGAAAAUAAGAGAAAAGAUGGGAGAUUGCGAAUGGAUGGGAAUUACCUAAAUGGAAGAGUUACGAUGAAUAAUCCGAAUCAAUCUUCUGAUGUUGCUGUACUGAUAUUCAAUCAAACUGAAUGUAUAGAUGAAACCAUGUACAAAUGUAGAGUGACUUAUGACAGUAAUAUUGGUACGCAGAACCAAGAAUCAAACGCAACAGCUAUAUACUUGGAAGGUAGACCUACAGUCCCAGACAGUGUACCAAGCUAUAUACCCUCGGCUGGGAUAGAAGAAGGAAUGUCAGUUGUCUUCACGUGCACUGGAAAUCUAGGGAAACCAAUGGGUAAAUUUAGAUGGAUUGUGUAUAGACGUAACGCCAAUGGUUCUAUGCCAAUACAAGUAUCGCUGUAUGACAACGUGACUACAACAGGACUUGAAAUACCAGGAACCUGCACAUUUAACGGUACCAGUCAACUCACACUUCAGGCGGAAAGUCUGGACAACAACGCAGUAGUGAGAUGUGAAGUGGUUUAUCAAGAUGUGCCUCAGGAUUUAUAUCAACAAUCGAAUAUAAAUGUUUAUUACAGCGUGAGGAAUGUUACAGUAACAAAGUCAUAUUUACAUUACACUUUCGGCCCAGGACGCACCACUUUGACUUGUACAUCAGAUGGUAACCCAGCUGUUAGAAAUGAUGAUUAUAAAUGGUACAAAAUGUCCCAGCAAAACACAGUAAUAGAAACUGGAUUCCAGCUCCUUACAAAUGCUACCGUUGGGGAAUCAGAUGUCUAUAUUUGUGUGGCACAAAACAGUUACAAUGGAAAAACUUUUAGCUCAAAUAGUUCAAUACAGAUUAAAAUAGGUAAGAUGUUAAACUCAUAAACAACAACAAAUGUGAAACUUCACAAAUCAGCAAGUACUAACACAUUUUGAAAUACAAAGCUGACUUUAUAUUUGUUUUGGUAAUUAUAGUCAUCACGCUAUCGUCUAUGUUUUCAAAAAGUACAACAGAUAAAGAUGGCAAUUAAAGAGUGUGGCAAUAACAUUGAACACAACUCUCAAAUUCAAUAUUACUUUACUAGUACAGUCAUUCAAACAUAUAAAACUAUGAACAUGUGGUAAGAUUGUCAACGAGACAUACAUAUGUACUAAUUUACCUAUAAAAGAGAAGAUGUGGUAUGAUUGCCACAAGAUACCAAAUGACACGGAAAUUAAUAACAAUAGCUCACCGUACAACCUUCAACAAUGAGCAAAGCAUAGUCAACUAAAAAGCCCCGAAAUGACAAUUGUAAAAUAAUUCAUACGAGAAAACUAAUUGUAUUGUGACUUAAUAUCUUGUUUCAGGUUAAUAAUAUAAGGGUAUUAUCGGUGAAAAUAGGCAGAACAUAAAGACAAAUAAAUUCAAUAUGUAGUGAAUCGUUAUUUCUAUUCAUUCAUUCGUUAAACUCAUAAACUCAUUAAUUCAUUUAUUCAUGUGUUGUAUGUAAAUGUGAUAUCGGUUCACUUUGUUCAAUUGCUAUAUACCAAACUUACACUGUCGAGUUUAUUCAUUUAUUUUCUUGGGUAUCAAUUUUCGUGGAUUGCUGAAAACUUGCA